AUGAACAUCAGCUCAAGCAUUGCCAAAUGUCUGGAUCACCAAGGUGCCAUUCUCGGCCGAUCAGAGACGCAAGAGUGUGUGUUCUACAACUACAACCCCAGCUUGGAGAACCGAGGAAACCGCAGCGGUAUUGAGUCUUGCGUGGGAGACAAGGACAAGAGGCUUCAUUGCUUCGCAACUUGGAGAAAUGUUUCAGGAUUGGUUGAAAUAGUAAAGCAAGGCUGCUGGCUUGAUGAUAUCAGCUGCUAUGACAGCACUGAGUGUGUUGAAAAAAAGGAGGACCCGGAUGUGUUCUUCUGCUGCUGUGAGGGCAACAUGUGCAACGAGAAAUUCUUCUACAACCCUGAAAUGCCGGCAGUUCAGAGUAAGGCUCCCUUCAGCGACACAAACAGCAAAGUCUUUAAGGCAACAUCUAACCCCUUCACUCAGAAGCCACCACUGUUCAGUACUGUUCUGUACUCCAUCGUACCCAUCAUGGGCAUCGCGGCCAUUGUCCUGCUCUCCUUCUGGAUGUAUCGACAUCACAAGCUAGCAUAUCCGCCUGUUCUGGUGCCUACCCAGCACGCCUUUCAUAUAAUGAUAGAGGACCCUGGACCCAUGCCGCCGUCUCCCACCCUGGUCCAGAAGCCACUGCAGCUGUUGGAAAUCAAAGCUAGGGGGCGCUUUGGCUGUGUGUGGAAGGCUCAGCUGCUUAGUGACUAUGUGGCAGUGAAGAUUUUCCCCAUUCAGGACAAGCUCUCAUGGCAGAGCGAGUAUGACAUUUACAAUCUCCCCGGCAUGAGGCAUGAAAACAUUCUGCAGUUCAUCGGGGCAGAGAAGAGAGGAAGCCACCUGGACAUUGAGCUGUGGCUCAUCGCGGCUUACCAUGAGAAGGGCUCCCUGACAGACUACCUAAAGGCAAACGUAGUGACGUGGAAUGAGCUGUGUCACAUCACUCAAACCAUGGCUCGGGGCCUGGCUUACUUGCACUCUGACUUCCCAGGACACAAAGACGGCCACAAACCGGCCAUCGCACACAGAGAUAUUAAGAGCAAGAAUGUGCUGCUGAAGACAAACUUGACGGCCUGUAUAGCUGACUUUGGUCUGGCUUUGAAGUUUGAGGCAGGGAAGUCAGCUGGGGACACACAUGGGCAGGUGGGAACCAGACGUUACAUGGCCCCAGAGGUGUUGGAAGGGGCCAUCAACUUCCAGCGAGACGCUUUCCUCAGGAUAGACAUGUAUGCGGUGGGACUGGUGCUGUGGGAGCUGGCGGCCCGUUGCACUGCGUCUGAUGGUCCAGUGGAUGAGUACAUGCUUCCGUUUGAGGAGGAGGUGGGCCAACACCCCACUCUAGAGGACAUGCAGGAGGUGGUGGUCCACAAAAAGCUUCGGCCCACUCUCAGGGAGUGCUGGCAGAAACAUCCGGGUCUGGCCAUGCUGUGCGAGACUAUAGAGGAAUGUUGGGACCACGAGGCUGAGGCGCGUCUCUCCGCGGGCUGCGUCGAGGAGCGUGUGAUCCAAAUGCAGCGGCAGACCAGCGUCUCCGCCCCGGAGGAAAUAGUCACUGUUGUAACCAUGGUGACCAAUGUGGACUAUCCCCCUAAGGAGUCCAGUCUAUGACUAGAGGAUAUCAGCAUGUGAAUUGCGGGCUGACCGAACAGAAAAGAGGCGUCGGAGAUGGUGGUGGACUGCAGUUCUGACGACUGGCUUCAGACAUGCUGGAUGAUUGUCCUGUACUUAAAGCUGGAGCAAAUGCAAGAUGAUGCAUUUUGUGCCGAAUCUGGGUUUAAUACAGGUGUACCUGGAGCCAGCUACGCUAUUGUAUUUGUGUGUGUAUAUAAACUAGUACCACAGGGCACUCUGGUAAGGACGGAUGGAUUAUAAGCCGACAUCAAAAGUGAACCUCUUUGUUGUUGUUUCUCUGCUCGGAGAAUAAGCUUUCACAUUCAAGGAGUAAACGAGACUCCUCCUCUGCCACAGCGCUCGUGUCAUUUCAGUAUAAAAAGGGCAACGUCCAUGUAAAAAAGACACAUGUAAUGUGUUCGUAUGAAUGACUAUUGUAAUGCCAAUAAGAAACAGCUUUUUGAAUGUGUAGUGUGACGCUGCUGUACAGAUAUCAACAGAAAGGGUGAUGAUACAACCCAAAUCAACACGUGUUUUCUCUGAAAGCUUUCAGAGUUUCUGUCAGAUAACCACCAACCUCUCGACAAGGUAUACCUCAGUUUCUCAUCCUAAUAAUACGUUUGUUUUGUAACACUAUAUGAUAUAAAAAAAGAGGCUUUUCGAUUACCUCCAUUUGGCACGGAAGCUUUUUAAAUACGGGGAAAACUUUUUUUAUAUGACAGAUUAUGCCAAGAAACGAUGGCCAUUCAUAAACCAGUGUUCUGCCUUCUUUCUUUUAGUUGUUCUCUGUGUUGCCCUGCUGUUUAAAAUGUGAUCCUUUUGGGGUUUUUUUAGCAUUGUGACUGUUUGUUUGUUAAAGCAAUUUUUGACCUUUAUCGAGACCUGUUGAGAAGAAAAAAAUCCCUGAAAAUAUGAAUUUUGUGAAAAUAAUACAGAAGCACUUACCAAUAUAGGUUUGCGGUGUCCUCACAACAUUGACGUAUGUGCAUGCCUUGUUUUCUUUUCUUUUUUUCGGUUCAUUUUUCAUUUUCUUUGUUUUUCAAUCCUUUGUGCAAGCUUGUGCAUGAGAUCCCAUUAGCAGUCAUGGAAACCCCUUCAUUAUUUGUUAAUCUGAAGUUAUUUCCUGUCUUCGGGGCAUCACUCUUUUUCUUUCAUUUCCAUUUUCAUUGGGAAUCAUCCAAUCUUGGUCUUCUACGGUCUUCUCACUGUCCGCUUCUGUCUCGUUGCGAGUAGAAGACCGCCCUUGUGCGCUGCAUUUGAACCAGCCUUCUCAUGAAGCCCGACCUCACGAGUGACACGUCAAACUGGUUUCAGAUCAGCAGCCAGGCGACCUUCUACACACUUCUACAAGAACUGUAUCUCAGUAUGUCUCAGGAAUCGUUUCCCUUUGCUUUGAGCCCUCUGGUGCCAUUCUGGUGACAUUCUGGUGACCCUUGUUAUAUUAUGUAUGCAAGGGCCGUUAAUAUAACACCUUAUUAGUGUGAUCAUAUUAUGUGCAAUAACAUCCUAAGCAGGGACUGUUUCACAGCUCACAGGCCACUUCCAGUGUGGUAAAAAUACAAGCGCCUAGCAGUUUGCUUAGACCAUAAUGUACAUCACAAACUGAAGUCAACGUCAGGCUAUGCAUAUGACGCACGUUGUCUGAGAGUAUUAAGCUAAUAAUAUGCUGUAAUGGGGACCGAACACAUGCAGUAACUCUUUGCCGACAGGCCAACACAGUCUUUCAAAAGAAAGCUGCUGCUGCUGCUUUUAGGCUUCGUUCACACUGCACUUGAAUCCAAUUUGAGUUUCAAAUUCGAUCUUUAGGAUCGACUGUCAUUUUGUGAGAAAUUUGAUCCAUUUGUUCGGAUAGUGUAGUCAAUAUCCGUCCCAAUAUCAGUCAUUACCAUCACAUUGCAUCCCAGAUGAUGAAAAAACUGCUCUAAUCUGACUAAAUCUAAUCUGACUGUUCACAAUGAAACUGAUAUUAAUCUGACAUCA